AUGGCCAUGACCCAGUCGUCCUUCGCUCGCCGCCCACCCCCCUCCGCGGCGCUCACCUCUCCCUCCUCCUCCUCCUCCUGGUCUCCCCCGAGGCACGGGCCGCGCCGCCGCCGGGCCCUCACGGCCGCGUUCUCCCUCCAUUUCCGGCCGGAGGACGUCGCCGAGCUCGCGCACAACAAGGUUCGCCUUGCGGCGACGGUGGCCGGUGUGAUCGGGCAGCUGGCCAAGCCCUUCACUUCCGGCAGGGAUGGGGGCAAAAUCGACAUCGUCAGGGUCGCCGCCCAGUCAGGGGGGAUGCCCUCCACCCACUCAGCGGCAGUUGUGGCAGUGACUACUUCGCUUGCGCUAGAAAGGGGGUUUGCUGACUCCAUAUUCGGGAUGUCGGUGGUAUUUGCGUCGAUUGUAAUGUAUGAUGCUCAGGGAGUCAGAAGAGAGGUGGGCAAGCACGCAAGGCUUUUGAACAAGCUAUGGGCCCUGCGAGAGCAGACGACUCAAGAUCAGGAGGACGGUGGCGACCAGGUGCAUUCCACCCCUGAACCCGUCCCCGCAAACCUCGAGAUGGCCACAGAGCUCGUCUCCGUUCCUCAGGACGCAUCUAUGUCGCAGCGUUCAAACGCCAUGCCUUCCUCGACGCGUGGCGCUGCGACAAGAUUGCCGAGACCGAACACCCUCCAAAGCUCAGAGCCAGAGCUAACUGAGUUGACAGAGGAGUAUAACCGGCUGAGCGAGUCUGUCGGCCACACGGAGGCGCAGGUCACGGUCGGUGCCUUGCUAGGCUUUGUUGUAAGCUUAGCCGUUCACGCGACACUGUAA